AUGAACCCCAUGCUGGGCCUGGGCCUGCUCCUGGCUGGCCUCCUCACUGUGGAAGGUCUUCUGAAGCCCAACGUUUCUCCAAAGAAUCACGGAGCUGUGAACCAGGCCAAAGAGUGGAAGGGAAAGAGGGCAGCCCAGGAGCUUGCAAGGCGAAACAUAGACUUUGGCUUCAAGCUAUACAAGAAGCUGACCUCCAUUGGCCCCAGCAAGAACAUUUUCUUCUCCCCCUUGAGCAUCUCUACAGCCUUCUCCAUGUUGUGUCUGGGUGCCCAGAACUCCACGCUGGCCGAGAUCAUGCAGGGCCUCAAUUUCAGGAAUAUACAGGAGAAAAACCUUAAUGAGGGUUUCCAUUACCUUAUCCACAGUCUGAACCAGAAUACCCAGGACCUCCAGCUGAACCUCGAGAACAUCUUGUUCUUGGACCAGAAUAUGCAACCAGUGAAGAAGUUUAUGACAGAGGCCAAGAACCUGUACAAUGCAGACAGUGUCCCCACCAACUUCCAGGACUUGGGAAAUGCCGAGAAGCAGAUCAAUGACUAUGUCAGUGAGAAAACCCAUGGAAGAAUCGAUAACCUGGUCAAGAAUAUAGAUCCUGGCACUGUGAUGCUUCUUGUCAACAGUAUUUUCUUUCAAGCCAGGUGGCAACAUGAGUUUGAUCCAAAAGCAACUAAAGAGGAAGACUUCUUCCUGGAGGAAAACAAGCCGGUGAAGGUCCCCAUGAUGUUCCACGGGGGCAUGUAUCGAGUGGGCUAUGACAACCAGCUCUGCUGCGCUGUCCUGGAAAUGCCUUACUAUCAUAACAUCACAGCCACCUUCGUCCUUCCCCACGAGGGCAAAAUGAGGCAGGUGGAGGAGGCCUUGAAUCUGGACACUCUGGAGCGAUGGAAAAAAUUAAUCACGCGAAGGGUUGUAGACGUGUUCCUGCCCAGGUUCUCCAUGACUGGCACCUACGACCUAAAGAAGACUCUCUCCUACCUGGGUAUCAGCAAAAUCUUCGAGGAGCAUGGUGAUCUCACCAGGAUAGCCCCUAAUCGAAGCUUGAAAGUGGGUAAGGCGGUGCACAAGGCGAAGCUGAAGGUCGACGAGAAGGGCACGGAGGCGGCCGCGGCCUCUGGAAUGGAGACACUGCCCAUGGAGAAGCCGCUAACCUACAAGCUGAACAGACCCUUUCUGCUGAUGAUUACAGAGAAGAUCAUACCCGCCAUGCUCUUCGUAGGAAAGAUUACUAAUCCUUCCGGCGCAUAA